CGUACCGCCGCCGCCGUUGCGCCCCGCCAUGUUGGCUGUCUGUCUCUUCAGCUUGCUCGCGUCCAACAACGACCAUGUCGCACGCAGAAUUCCGUUCGGGAAAACGCAGCAAAAAUGUAAACGCGUGUAGCGUAGCCAAAUGUUGUUUCAUAACUGCGUUUCACCGCUACUUCUUGAUAUCUAGAACGUCGAUUGUUGUCAGGAUAAAAUUUCCAAAUCAGUGCCCUCACCUUGUCACCUCGCGCGCGAGACGUAACCAUUGCCGUGUUCCAGGGUGCUUGCCUGAAAUACUGUUUUGUCGUCCGUGGCCUGCGCGCCACCGUGAAGGCCAUUGUCGGCUGAAUCCUUUGACAGCCCUUUCUGUUUGGUAAUGGGCACAUGCUUAGCCCGAAACCGCCACUAAUAGCAGCGGAUUGCCUAUUCGCCGAUCGCUUUCCGUGUAUGGCAUUUGGCGUCCCAAUAGUGAGACGAAUAUCGGAGACCUUUCAGCUGGAACGCCAGCUAUAUCACCGAUCUUGUGCAUAAUGCUGAUCAUUACGAGGCUGUCAUUAGGCUGCUUUCACUCAUUCCAUGUAGUUUUCAGGUGGAAAAGUGAAUAAACGAUGUAAUAUGGAUGAAUUACAUUGCCAUAAGAGCAUAGUCGCAUUUUCCAAGCAGCAAAUUGAUAAAGAUGUUGCCUGCGCCGAACCAUUUUAGGAAAUAUCAUGCACGUAAAAGACUUCAAGUUAUUGUAAUCAUUCGUAUCUCGUCAGCUCCGGCAAGCAAAUUAGGAUGAGUAAGAAGGAGCAUUCACAUUUGGUAACUAAAGACAAACCUUCACCAAAUGAAACGUGCGUGCACAGAUGUGCUAUGUAACCUCUUUGCCUACUUUCCAGACCCGCCAUUCGUUGAUGAGGCAGGCUUUUGGACUGCAUGGCGGCAGUCUGAGGCUGCAGUUUUGACGCCAGCACUAGUAUAUCGUUAACUGGGCAGCCAAGAGCACUGUCUGAUUCAGAACAUGAACACGUCCUUAGAAGAAGCCGGGGUGUGUGCGAACUUCACCAGCGAUAUGUUUGGCAACUACAACUUCUCUAAUGACGACAUGCCACCGUUGCCAGAGCUUCAGGCUGAACAUAUCGUCAAGAUCUUCUUCUACGCCGUCGUCUUCUUAGGCUCUCUCGUCGGCAACGUCGGCGUCAUCGUCAUCGUGGCCACCACACGACGCAUGCGAUCAGCGAUCAACGCUUACCUGGUCAACCUCGCCGUGGCCGACAUCAGCAUCCUGGUGCUCUGCAUGUGGGUGCACCUGGUGCAGGACAUCUCCCGCAACCGCGACUACCCGCUCGGCAGCUUCUGGUGCAAGUUCAACGGCUUCGCGCAGAAUGCCUCGCUCACCAGCAUACAGUCUUUCCGGUCCUGGUUGACGCACCUGUCGAUGAUGAUGAUGAUGAUGUAA